ACUCUUUUUUUUUUUUUUUUUUGGAUUGAGACACUUCUGAUGCAGACAUUAGCAGUCGGAAAGCUCGACUUAUAUCCCUCCUAGGCAGUUCCUUCUUCGACAGACAAUUCGGUCGCGCCCAGUGAAGGAGCUCCAGACACCAAGGAGUGCUCUCUGUCGACAAUUUAGAAUCCCCAGAUGCACCGAGGAUAGAUGAACUCUCAAUUACAUUUCAAAACUCAUGGUUUCCUGGGAUAGAAGUCGUUCUGAGCUUUAAUCUUUCACUCAUGAUUCCGAUAUAGAGCCUCGCUCCGCCCUCUUCUUCACGGGGGCCAUCAAACCAUGUCUCAACCCUCAAAUUCGGCACAUUCGGGUGUUACGCCUGAUUCACCUCCGCCCGAAACUCAAUCCGGGGAAGCGUCUAGAGCAAGAUCCCGGCCAUCGACUUCCGGUUCGGCGCACUCACAAACCCCCUUCCCAUUGGGCCUUGAGAACCCCUUAGCCAAGCUGAAAACCGGCCUAUCGCUCUUCAACAACCGCCACCACGACGACGAGGAUGGCCCCAACGACGACGAAGACCACUCAGACACCAGCUCAGAAGCCGAGCUUCUCCUAGACCCGAACCUGCCAGUGGACUACAACCAACGCCACCAAGCCCUUCCACGGCACUCCCUCUCCAUCCACGACCAUGACCACCAUGGCCACCACUACAGCGAUGAAGCCGCCAUUCCUCUAGCCCCGCUCUCACGGAGGAAGUCUUCAGCCUCCACCCUGUCCUUCUCCGAUGACGACGGCGCCGGGGCCGGGGUCGGGGCUGGGGCUGGGGAAAAGGAGGAGGAGGAGGAGGAGGAGGAGCUAGAAGACUCUCCCUACCCCGAAGUCCGCGCCGCCGUGCAUCCGCACGACGACCCCACCCUGCCGUGCAACACGCUCCGCGCCUGGACCAUCGGCCUGUCGCUCAUCUUCCUCGGCGCCUCCAUGAACACGCUGUUCUCGCUGCGCGCGCCGAGUAUCAGUCUGGGCUCGCUGAUCGCCCAGGUCAUUGCCUGGCCGCUGGGCCACGGCUGGGCGCGGUUUGUUCCGGACCGGGAGGUCUUUAUCCCGUUGGGUUGGUUGCGAUGUGGUGGUGGUAAGCGUGGUGGUGGGGGAAGCGCUCGGGAGGGGGAAGGAGAAGGGAUGAUUAGGAGGGAACGGCGGGCGGGGUGGAGGAUCAAGUUGAAUCCUGGUCCCUUCAACGUCAAGGAGCACACCAUUGUUGUUGUCAUGGCCAGCGUCUCGUUUUCGGUGGCAUACGCGACAGACAUCAUUCUGGCGCAAAAGGUGUUUUACAAGCAGGAUUUUGGCCUGCUCUGGGAUCUUUUGCUCGUCAUUUCGACGCAGAGUUUGGGAUAUGGGAUCGCUGGCAUGAUGAGGCGGUUUCUGGUCUAUCCUGCCGCCAUGAUCUGGCCCGCUAAUCUUGUCUAUGUGUCGCUCAUGAACGCCAUGUAUGAGACCAACGAGGACAGGGACCCGUCCGUUUUUGGCGGCUCAAUGCCUCGGUACAGGUGGUUCGCCCUCGUCACGCUCGGGUCCUUUGUCUAUUACUUCAUCCCUGGGUUUCUGGCGCAGUUUCUCAGCUCGUUCGCCUUCAUCACCUGGAUGGCGCCUAGUAAUCCCGUAGUAAACCAACUCUUUGGGUACUCGACUGGCCUGUCGCUGCUGCCCAUUACGUUUGACUGGACACAGAUUUCGGGCUACGUGGGAUCUCCCUUGAUACCGCCAUGGCACGCCAUUGCUAACACGAUGAUUGGCGUACUGGUUUUCUUCAUAUUUCUCACCUCUGUCCUCCAUUACAGUGGAGUCUGGUACGCCCAGUACCUACCGAUGAGCGACUCUAGCACGUAUGACAACACAGGAAACAAGUACAAUGUGUCCCGUGUUCUGUCGGCCGACUAUACGCUCGAUGAGGAGGCGUACAAGAACUACUCACCUCUGUUUCUGAGCACGACAUUCGCCAUGUCAUACGGUCUAUCCUUUGCCGCUAUCUCCUCGCUUGUUGUGUACACGUACCUGCACCACGGCAAAACCAUCUGGCGGCAGUACAAGAGCAGCACGACCGAGAAGCCGGAUAUCCACAUGAAGUUGAUGAGGCGAUAUAAAGAGGCCCCUACUUGGUGGUACUUGUCGCUUUUUGUUGUGAUGCUCGGCAUGGGUUUCGUAACCGUUCUCGCCUGGCCCACGAACAUGACCUGGUGGGCUUUCUUACUAGCCGUAUUCAUUUCUUUCGCCUUUUCCCUCCCGAUUGGUAUCAUCCAGGCCGUCACCAACAACCAGAUCGGGUUGAACGUCCUGACCGAGUUCAUCUACGGGUACAUCCAACCCGGCAGGCCGCUGGCACUCAUGAUCUUCAAGACGUUCGGGUACAUCACCAUGUCCCAAGCCCUCACCUUCGUCUCAGACCUCAAAUUCGGCCACUAUAUGAAGAUCCCGCCGCGGACCAUGUUCAUGGCACAGGUCGUCGCCACAACCAUCUCCUGCUUCGUCCAAGUCAUGGUCCUCGAUUAUGCGCUCAAGAACAUCCCCGGCAUCUGCGAACCCACGCAGCCCGAGCACUUUACCUGCCCCGGCGGCCGCGUCUUCUUCUCUGCAUCCGUAAUAUGGGGUUUAAUCGGUCCCUCGCGCAUCUUCUCCCCGGGGCAACUCUACUCCCCUCUCUUCAUCUUCUUUUUCCUCGGCGCCGCCACGCCGGCAGUGAUUUACCUCCUCGCCCGGCGGCGGCCAAAGUCUUGGCUGCGCUACCUCAUGGCGCCCGUCAUCUUUGGCGGCGCCGGCAGCAUCCCGCCCGCCACGCCCCUCAACUACCUGUCGUGGGGCAUCGUGGGCUACAUCUUCCAGCACGUCAUCCGCCGCCGUCACUUUGGCUGGUGGAGCCGCCUCAACUUCCUCACCUCGUCGGGGCUUGACCUGGGUUUAGCCUUGGCCACCAUGGUCAUCUUCUUCGCCUUCACCAUCCGCGAGGUCGGCCCGCCGCAGUGGUGGGGCAACGACAUCGUCACGGGCACAAUGGAUUACAAGGGCACGGCCGUGCAGCGUGUCUUGCCCGAUGGGGGAACUUUUGGGCCGGCGAGUUGGUAGAUCUCGGUAGUAAGUUAGGUGUGCAUAUUGCGCAGAUAGGUGCACAUACACAUAUCGUAUGAUGUGCACGCAAGCUUCUGAUAUUGGCUAUACCGUUUCUUUGUGAUAAGCAUGGCGAGUUGGCGUCUGUAUUGGACAAGAAGAUGAAGGAUUUGGGAAAUGCGUGGAAUUUGCAAGCCUUCGAUGCUCUUAUAUGUCCCAUGCAUCUUGAUGUUCAUGUAUGUACCUAUGCUAGAUAGACGGAUGAAUCCCACCGAAU